GACGGAGCGGCCGCGGCGGCGCCAUUUUGCGGCGGUGCGGGAGGCGCGGGCGGGAGGUGGUUGUGGUGGUAGUGCCCGUAAUAGCGGCAAUAGCGGUAACGGUGGCGGUAACAGCGGCCGUGGGUGUUGUUGCUAAUCGGGACUAGCGUCCCCCUUUCGCCCCAGCCCCUUGGCCAGGACUCUGCCGACAUGAGCGACGUGGAGGAGAACAACUUCGAGGGGAGGGAGUCUCGCUCCCAGUCAAAAUCUCCAGCUGGGAGUCCUGCUCGUGUAAAAUCAGAGAGCAGGUCAGGAUCUCGCAGUCCAUCGAGGGCUUCCAAACACUCUGAGUCGCACUCUAGGUCAAGAUCAAAAUCAAGAUCCAGGUCCAGAAGACAUUCGCACAGACGUUACACCCGUUCCAGAUCCCAUUCUCAUUCCCAUAGGCGACGCUCUCGAAGCAGAUCGUACACGCCAGAGUACCGGCGGCGCAGGAGCCGCAGUCACUCGCCAAUGUCCAACAGGAGAAGGCACACUGGCAGCAGAGCUAAUCCAGAUCCCAAUACCUGUCUUGGAGUGUUUGGUCUCAGUUUGUACACUACUGAGAGAGAUUUACGUGAAGUCUUCUCCCGUUACGGACCUCUCACUGGUGUCAAUGUGGUUUAUGAUCAGCGGACUGGACGGUCAAGAGGAUUUGCUUUUGUUUAUUUUGAGAGAAUUGAUGACUCUAAAGAGGCAAUGGAGCAUGCAAAUGGAAUGGAGCUGGAUGGCAGAAGGAUUCGAGUGGAUUAUUCAAUCACCAAAAGAGCACAUACACCCACCCCAGGCAUCUACAUGGGCAGGCCAACACACAGUGGAGGAGGUGGUGGCGGUGGAGCGGGUCGUCGCCGGGACUCAUACUACGAUAGGGGGUAUGACAGAGGAUAUGACAGAUAUGAAGAAUAUGACUACAGAUACAGGAGACGAUCACCAUCGCCCUAUUAUAGUCGAUACCGAUCACGAUCAAGAUCCCGUUCCUAUAGUCCAAGGCGCUACUGAAGAUCAGAAGAGUUACAGUUGAGGACUUGAUUUUUAAAUACAAAGUUCAGAUCUUUAGCUUCCCUACUGCUUUCCCUUCCAUCUUCCCUUUCUUGUCCUCCUUCCAGCUCUUUCACAAGUCUUUGGUUCAUUUAGAAUAUACAUAUUUUCAGUUGAAGUAUUCCUAUUUUCCACCCCUUCUUAUUGUAAUACUCUUAAAUAUUGUAAUUGUUGUAGUUUUUGUGUAGUAAAACAUCUUGAGCAAAAAAAUAGAAAACCCCAAAGUGCUGAUACAUUUUGGAAGUCAUUCCUAUUUUAUUUCUAAAACAGUUGGACUCCUGACUAAUCAGAAGAGAGCAUUGAUAUUUUUAAAGCUUGCAUGUCAUAUGUAGUAUACACACUCGGAUACUUUAACAUAAACCUGCAUUUCCAAGUAACUUGUUAAUCUUUCUGUUAAAAUGUUUACCUAUUACUUUGAUAAACAAGUAAUGACUUUGAGUCUUUUCUGUAAUGAUAAAUUUGCUUAGAUAGUCAUGAACCAGAGGAUUUUUAAUUUUUUUUUUUUUGUCAAGUAGUUGCUUUGAAAGUAGACUAUUUGAGCUAGAUCAGAGUUUGGUAUUUGACUGACUGGGAGAAUAGAUCCUUGUACACUCAAAAUUAAGGCUAUGUGUUUUAUAGAAAAAAGUUUCUGGAUUGCUACACAGUGGGUAACAGUUGAAAUUGAAAUUGUUAAAUUCCUGGGGUCUUUGUGGUACUUCAUUGAAUAUUUCCUCUUAAUUGGUGCAAGAGAAAAAUAUUUAUUGAACAUAGCAAUUAGUUAUAUAAUUUGCUGUUCAUGAAAGAAAAAAAUGGCCAAUUUUUUGGUAUUGAAAUAAUGAUGGAGCAAGUUUUGUUUCCAGUCCUUUUUGAACUUUUGGAAGUAUGGAUGGAAAAACCUACAGCUAUGUGUAAAGCUUUUUUUUUCCCCUCAAUAAAAGUUAAGUCCACUGAUAA